CGAGGCAGGCGGGCCGGAAGAGGCGCCGGAGAGCCGGCCUUGGUUGCGGCUAUGCCGGGGACGGCUGGCGAAGGGCGAUGCGUGGUCUGCGGCCGGCAGGGGCGCCAGGCCGCCAAGUACCGAUGUCCGGGCUGCCGGGAGAGAUAUUGUUCUGUGCCCUGCUACAAGAAGCACAAAGAAGAGUGCACAUCCGGAGCAGAUCGAGCCACGCGGCCUGCCGAUUCAGGUGCUUCCUGCGCCAUUCAGAGAGAGAAAUCACAGAGAGCUGAAGGUGGUCCUUGGUCUGUGGAUGACAUUUUGACUGAAGAUGACGAAGACGAUAGGGUGCCUCUCCAGAAACUUCAGCUAUUGAAUGAAUCGGAAGAGCUCCGAGCCAUCCUUUCAAAUCCUCACCUCCAGACACUGCUGUUUACCAUCGACCAAGCCAAAGAUAAGAGCGCCCUCAUGAAAAAAUACAUGCAGGAACCUGUCUUUGUAGAGUUUGCAGAUUGUUGCCUGAGGACUGUUGAACCGGAGGUGAAGGAGAACGAAAUUCCAGAGUGAAUGUCUCUAGGAGUCAAGUGGAGGUUUCUCCAGCCUUGGAAAGCAGCUAGCAAAUUUGGAAAUGCUUUUGUCUUAUUCGCCGCUAACUCUUGUGUUGGAAUCUCUUGGAACAGGAUGAGCUACCUUGCUCCCAAGAACGGUUGAUCCAGGUGGUGUAUGUGUGUGUCAUUUUCACAAGCUGAAUUUUAUUUUUAUUGUUUUUGGAACCACCAAAUUUUUGCCAGUUUCUUG